AUGGAGUCACUUAGCAGCAUGAUUGAAACCGAAGCCCCAAAACAAGCCUUCACUGUUCCCUCUGGUCAGGACCCAGAGAGAAAUGAAAUUGAGCCAGUCACAGAUGGUGGGAGUCAAGCAAGUUCCCAGAUUGUCAUAACAUCACUGGCAACCUCUUCCUUUAACGGAGCGGAUGGAGUGGUAAAUAAGAACCUUCCAGAACCAGCAGCCACGACUGCUGAAUCCAAACAACAGAUGGCUUUCAAGCUGUUCACAGCUGCAAAUACAGGACUGGCCUUUCCUGGAAAAGGUGAUUCUGGAGAUGAGAACAGUGGUAGCACACGUAUGCCAUUUGCUGGAACUAACAAAGGCAUUACAUUUGACGGCUACUUAGCUCCUGCCAUCUCAGAUACACCAAAGGGAAAUGGCAGUGACCCAGAGAAGCACUGGUUUUAUAAAAUUCCAGGAGCAGAAGGACAAAAGAGAGUUCAAGGUGAGAAAGGAGAGGUUGGGAAUCGUGGCCCUAGGGGCUUUCAGGGGCUGAAAGGAGACAAAGGAGAAAAAGGUGAAUUGGGUUCAAAAGGUGACCUUGGACUGAAAGGGAAUCCUGGAGAGAAAAGAGAAAGAGGUUCUGUGGGUAGGAAAGGAGCAAAAGGCUUAGCAGGGUCAUCGGGAUUUCAAAGGCCUCCUGGUAUCAAAGGAGAUCCAGGAAGACAAGGAAAAAUGGGUUCUUCUGGAAUCCAAGGAAUGCCUGGUCUUCAAGGCCAAAAAGGAGAAAAGGGGCAAAAGGGGAACUGCAAAGCAGUUGAACCCAUUGCAUUUUCAGCUGGUCUUCAGGAAAGGAGAAGUUUCCCACUGCCAGGAUCUCCAUGUGAAAACAGAUUGCCACAAAUUUGUGAGAGACAGUAUGGUAUAGUGAUUGGAGAACUGGGUUAUGAUAAUAUAGGAAAAAGUACCCCAUUUCCAAAGUUUACUAAAAUAAGAGCGAUUGAGAUGGAAACCACCAAGAACCCAGAUGCUUCUGAUGCGUCCUUCGCAGAAGACAGCCUCCUCACCGAAAUACCUGAAAAGAAUGAUGUCCUAACAGAAUUGUCUACGCCACACUAUGCCUUCAGAACAGCCACCACACUCUUCCCAUUUGAAAACUUUACUCUGGACUCUUCGGACUUCUUUUUUAACUGCUGCGAUUGUUGUGCUUUAUCUCCAGGGGAGAAAGGGGAACCUGGAGAAACAGGAUUGCCAGGACUUAAAGGAGAAGUAGGAGAAAAAGGCCGUCCUGGUCUACCAGGAACUCCUGGAUUACCAGGACCAAAAGGAUUCAGAGGAAACAAAGGAGAUAAAGGAGAACAUGGUGAUCAAGGAGCAAAUGGACUCCCAGGAUAUCCAGGCAGACCCGGAGACUCAGGUGAAGUUGGAUUUAAAGGCGAUAAAGGAAACCAUGGUCUUCCUGGAGUCAAAGGACAAAAGGGCUCCAAGGGGGAAAAUUGUGAGAAUGGCACCAAAGGAGAGAAAGGAGACAUGGGGGAACUGGGGUUAUCAGGUGUUGAUGGGGAAAAUGGGGAAAAAGGAGAAAAGGGGGACAUUGGGGAAAAGGGCUAUUUGGGGGAUCCAGGGGAAAAAGGAGAAAGAGGAGAGAAGGGUGAGGUUGGGCCAAAAGGAGAAAAAGGUGUAAAAGGAGACAUAGGAGUGGAAGGUGGGCAUGGGGAGGAUGGGAAAAAGGGAGAAAAGGGAGAACCUGGAAUUAGGGGUGAUAAAGGAGACCAGGGUCCAAUUGGUUUGAUGGGGCCUCCUGGGGUGAAAGGAAGUCUUGGUUUCAAAGGAAUCCGAGGAGCUCCUGGUAAAAAAGGUUCAAAAGGCCCCAAAGGUCCAAAAGGUGAGACUCCAACCCUCCCCAGAUCAGCCUUUAGUGUUGGUCUAUCCAGACCUUUCCCACCCCCAAACCUGCCUAUUAAGUUUGAUAAGAUACUGUACAACGACCAGGAACAUUAUAAUCCAUUGACAGGGAAAUUUAAUUGCAGCAUUGCUGGGGCUUACGUCUUCUCCUAUCAUAUGACAAUACGAGGGCGUCCUGCCCGCAUCAGUAUUGUCUGUCAGAACAAGAAGAUGAUCAGAAGUCGGGAGACACUCUAUGGCCAAGAGAUAGACCAGGCAUCCUUCCUUACCAUUCUGAAGUUAAAUGCAGGGGAUCAAGUCUGGCUAGAAGUCACAAGGGAUUGGAAUGGGGUUUAUGUUAGUGCUGAAGAUGACAGCAUAUUUUCAGGCUUCCUCUUAUAUCCUGAUGAAAUAUUUGACACUCUGCUAUAA